AUGCAUUUCACCACUACCACACUUGCCUUCGGCUUCCUUAGCCUUGUUAUUGCUGCUCCUGGACCAAUGGGACCAAUCAGUACUGAUCCUGGUUUCCACCCAGGCAGUGCAUCCUCAGCAUGCUACUGCUGCCCUGCACUUACCACCACUCUCAAUACUGGCAAUUGCGGCCGCGCUGCCGAGGAUGGCAGAUGUGUUACUGGGGAUGUCCUAAUCUGCUGUGACCAGCGUGAGCAGGCAUGCAGCACUCUUGCAUCCUUGACUGUUGAUGGGCGCUCGGGCGCUUUGAACCUUGGAGGCCUUUUGAACCAGAUUGUUGAUGGCCUUCUUGGUUAA